AUGGUCCACCACUACCUCAGCUGGGCGGUGUACCUGACCGACAGGCUGUGGGAGUCACUGCUCAAGCUUCACUCCGAUCUCGAGAGACUUCAAUGUUCCAAGGCCAAGCCCCUCCACCAGUGUGCCGACGCCCCGCCGCUCCUCUACCGUAACGGGUUCACGCCAACGGACGGGACUCUGCAGCCGCCACUCACGUGUUCCAAGGUCAUCGCCAAGCUGAAGGCAGUAGUCGCCGGACAGCCUAUCGCAAACCUUAUGACUGCCAUGGACCUUUUCCUCUACAAUAUCAGGACGCCCUUCUUCUAUACCCUGCUCACACUGUGGUCCAUCGCAACCCUCCUCCUGGCCCACACGGUGUUGUACCACCUGGACAUUCUGCUCAUACGAUCUCACUUCGUGCGCUCCAAGGCGUCACAUCUCAUCGACGCCAAGGCACUACUCACGCACGGGAGGAAGAUGCUGUCACUAUACAAAGACGUCGACUACUUCGACGACGAUCUUUAUUAG